GCAACACAGCCUCUGCCUCUCAGUGAGAACCGGCUGCAGGAGCAACAAACAGCCACCGUCAGGAUCAAGCGACAGAUGGUGCUGAGAUUUGAGAAUGGCAGAGACUGUGACUGUUUUUGGGGCUGACAGGCAGCAAGGGAACGCUGUUGCCACGGCCUUGCUGGAGGAUGGUGGUUUCACAGUCCGUGCAGUAGUGCAAGGGUUAACUUCUCCAACAGCUCAGCUGCUUCAGGCAGGUGGAGCACACAUCAUGCUGUCUGAUGUUAAUGACCCAGCCAGCAUUGACUGUGCUCUGAGUGGUGCACAGAAAUGCUUUGCUAUCACUCACACCGACUUCAACAACAGGGAUCCUCUGCAGGAUGAAAUUCAGCAGGGAUACAGGAUAGCUGAUGCAUGUAAAAAGCACAACAUCAGGCACAUUGUGCUGAGUGGGGCUCAUCACGUCCACAGGAAGUACAGCCUCCCAGCCAGGCACAUGGAUGCAAAAGCCUGCAUCAAUGAUUACAUGAAUGAAAUAGGUCUGCCCAAGACCGAGAUGAUAGUUCCAUUUUACUUCGAAAACUUUCUGACAAAAUUUAAACCAAAGCCGGCUGGAAAUAAUACUUAUAAAAUUGCCAUUCCAAUGGGAGAGGUUGCCAUGGACGGAAUAAGCAUCAAACAGAUUGGUCCAAUUGUGAUGGCCUUAUUUAAAAACCCGGAGCGCUGGAUUGGAAAGAGCUGCUUUCUGUCCGCAGGCAGGAUGACAAUCCAGGAAUACGCACAAAUCCUGACACAUCACCUGUAUCCCAAACAGUUUAAAGAUUCCCAGAUUUCAGUCCGAGAAUUUGUGGAGUCCUAUGGAGGACCGGGGGCUCAGGACCUCGGGAAUAUGUUUGAAUUUUGGAAGAGAGGCGGACAGAAAAUGAACAGUACUAUGAGUUUUGAACUCUAUCCAGAGUUAAAAACGUUCCAGCGGUGGGUUUCAGCAAACAACACUUCACUGGAUAGUUAGCUGGCAGUACCAUGGGUAGCCAGAGUCCCAUGGAUGAAACAAAAUGCCUGUUUCUGAAAUGUUUCCACAAGGCAAGAUGUGGGUCUCC